GAUUGGUGGAGGUUGAGUUGGGGUGCACAGGAAGGACCCCCCACUUGGGUGCUCGAGCCGAGGACCAACCGCCCAGCAGGCACCUCGCCAUUCACUCACAAGAUCUCGGGGAACGAAGGACUCCAGCCUCUCACUCUUGGUAAAUACACUUCUCUGCUGAUCCAUCCAGUCUAUGCAGCAGUCAGUCGUAUCACAGACGUCAACUGCACCAAGGCAGCUUGUGAAGAUGGCGGGAACUGGAGAGACGCACCUCAAACUGUCCGUUCUUCAACGCUCCACCGUUGUCCAAGAUGGAACUCCAAGUGUCUAUGCUAUUCCAAUGGAGCAGACGGCGCGGGAUGAAGACGGGCACUUUGUAAAGCUAGAGUACGGACGUAGCAUUCAGAGCAAUGCAAACAAAGUUAUCAUGAUGGUGGGGGAAACAGGUUCUGGAAAGACAACACUCAUCAAUGGGCUGGUUAACUACGUCCUUGGAGUUGACUGGGAUGACAAAUUCCGCUUCAAAAUGAUUGUGGAGGACAGUAACGCCAACCAGGCAGUGAGCCAGACAAAGGAUGUUACUUCCUACACUCUACAUCACCAGGACGGUUUCCGAACGCCUUAUUCUCUCACCAUCAUCGACACUCCAGGUUUCGGCGACACUAAGGGCAUUAACCGCGACAAAGAAAUAGUGGAGCAACUUCGCAAGUUUUUCACCACCCCAGGAGAUGCUGGCAUCAGCCACAUCGAUGCUAUUGGCUUUGUGGUUCAGGCUUCCCAGGCAAGACUCUCUGUAGGGCAAAAAUACGUCUUUGACAGUAUCCUUGCACUGUUUGGCAAAGACAUAAGUGACAAUAUUUUCCUCCUUGUUACUUUUGCUGACGGACAGGAGCCCGAGGUGCUAAGUGCUGUGAGAGAAGCUGAAAUACCAUACAAGGAAUACUUCCAGUUCAAUAAUUCUGCUCUUUACACCCAGACGGGUAAAAACCAGAGAUUUGCCUCUCUUUUCUGGGAAAUGGGAUGUGAAAGUUUCCAGAUCUUCCUGGAGAAACUCCUCCAUGUCGAAAGCAAGAGCCUCGUUCUUACUAAAGAUGUCCUUCGUGAGCGCAAAAGCAUUGAAGUAUACAUUGAAGGCAUAGAAAAGGAAAUCAGAGUAGGCCUAAGUAAACUGAAUACCCUAGAAAAGGAGAAGAAAUUGUUAAAAGAACAUGAAUUUGAAAUAGAAAAAAACAAAAAUUACACAGUAGAAGUUGAGGAAGAUGUCUAUGAAAAGAAACCUAGUAAUUCGUUUCUUUUUCCAGGAAUGCGUAACUGUUUGAAAUGUGAGCGCACUUGUUGCCAAAACUGCGUGGCUCACACUCUUGGUCUUGGUGACUUAGGGUGCUAUGCUAUGAGUAAUUCAGCGGCUCACUCUCUUGGGUCGGGAUUUGGAGCAAUCUUUGGAUUUCCUCCUACGAGUAUGAACAAGUCAUCGAUGUGUUUGGUCUGCCCUUCACAUUGCCCUGCUGCAGAACAUCAAAUAUGUGACUACAUGUUCUAUGUCACAAGGAAGAAAUCUGUAAAGACGGUGGAUGAAAUUCGUGAACGAUACGAAAAGGCAAGAGGGAAGAAACUGACCGCGCAGAAUCUGAUUGACGAGAUUCAGGCGGAAUAUGAAGAGGGACAGGAAAAGAUACUGCAAAUGGCUGACUGUGUGCGGAAGUCCCUUGAGAGACUAAGGGAAAUAGCUCUGAGACCAGAUCCACUGAGCACUGUCGAAUACAUCGACAUGAUGAUAAAGAAUGAGGAAAGAACAGCAAAGGCGGGAUGGCAAGAAAGGGUUAGUCAGCUUAACCAAAUAAGACAAAUGGCGGAGCAAGUAAAGGAUAUUGAAACAGGAAAUUUUAAUCCAAAUCAGAAAUGCGAGGCUAUGGAUGACGAGCAGUCAAGAUCCAUCCAGUCUACGCAGCAGUCAGUCGUAUCACAGACGUCAACUGCACCAAGGCAGCUUGUGAAGAUGGCGGGAACUGGAGAGACGCACCUCAAACUGUCCGUUCUUCAACGCUCCACCGUUGUCCAAGAUGGAACUCCAAGUGUCUAUGCUAUUCCAAUGGAGCAGACGGCGCGGGAUGAAGACGGGCACUUUGUAAAGCUAGAGUACGGACGUAGCAUUCAGAGCAAUGCAAACAAAGUUAUCAUGAUGGUGGGGGAAACAGGUUCUGGAAAGACAACACUCAUCAAUGGGCUGGUUAACUACGUCCUUGGAGUUGACUGGGAUGACAAAUUCCGCUUCAAAAUGAUUGUGGAGGACAGUAACGCCAACCAGGCAGUGAGCCAGACAAAGGAUGUUACUUCCUACACUCUACAUCACCAGGACGGUUUCCGAACGCCUUAUUCUCUCACCAUCAUCGACACUCCAGGUUUCGGCGACACUAAGGGCAUUAACCGCGACAAAGAAAUAGUGGAGCAACUUCGCAAGUUUUUCACCACCCCAGGAGAUGCUGGCAUCAGCCACAUCGAUGCUAUUGGCUUUGUGGUUCAGGCUUCCCAGGCAAGACUCUCUGUAGGGCAAAAAUACGUCUUUGACAGUAUCCUUGCACUGUUUGGCAAAGACAUAAGUGACAAUAUUUUCCUCCUUGUUACUUUUGCUGACGGACAGGAGCCCGAGGUGCUAAGUGCUGUGAGAGAAGCUGAAAUACCAUACAAGGAAUACUUCCAGUUCAAUAAUUCUGCUCUUUACACCCAGACGGGUAAAAACCAGAGAUUUGCCUCUCUUUUCUGGGAAAUGGGAUGUGAAAGUUUCCAGAUCUUCCUGGAGAAACUCCUCCAUGUCGAAAGCAAGAGCCUCGUUCUUACUAAAGAUGUCCUUCGUGAGCGCAAAAGCAUUGAAGUAUACAUUGAAGGCAUAGAAAAGGAAAUCAGAGUAGGCCUAAGUAAACUGAAUACCCUAGAAAAGGAGAAGAAAUUGUUAAAAGAACAUGAAUUUGAAAUAGAAAAAAACAAAAAUUACACAGUAGAAGUUGAGGAAGAUGUCUAUGAAAAGAAACCUAGUAAUUCGUUUCUUUUUCCAGGAAUGCGUAACUGUUUGAAAUGUGAGCGCACUUGUUGCCAAAACUGCGUGGCUCACACUCUUGGUCUUGGUGACUUAGGGUGCUAUGCUAUGAGUAAUUCAGCGGCUCACUCUCUUGGGUCGGGAUUUGGAGCAAUCUUUGGAUUUCCUCCUACGAGUAUGAACAAGUCAUCGAUGUGUUUGGUCUGCCCUUCACAUUGCCCUGCUGCAGAACAUCAAAUAUGUGACUACAUGUUCUAUGUCACAAGGAAGAAAUCUGUAAAGACGGUGGAUGAAAUUCGUGAACGAUACGAAAAGGCAAGAGGGAAGAAACUGACCGCGCAGAAUCUGAUUGACGAGAUUCAGGCGGAAUAUGAAGAGGGACAGGAAAAGAUACUGCAAAUGGCUGACUGUGUGCGGAAGUCCCUUGAGAGACUAAGGGAAAUAGCUCUGAGACCAGAUCCACUGAGCACUGUCGAAUACAUCGACAUGAUGAUAAAGAAUGAGGAAAGAACAGCAAAGGCGGGAUGGCAAGAAAGGGUUAGUCAGCUUAACCAAAUAAGACAAAUGGCGGAGCAAGUAAAGGAUAUUGAAACAGGAAAUUUUAAUCCAAAUCAGAAAUGCGAGGCUAUGGAUGACGAGCAGUAAAGAGUGAAAAAUCUCCAAAGCAUCAAUGGAAAAUUAACAUUAAGAUUUUUUUUUUCAUUUUUUUUCUCCAUUUCAAUUAAUAUUUCAAAUUUCUCUCUCUCUCUCUCUCUCUCUCUCUCUCUCUCUCUCUCUCUCUCUCUCUCUCUCUCUCUCUCUCUCUCUCUCUCUCUCUCUCUCUCUCUCUCUCUCUCUCUCUCUCUCUCUCUCUCCCUCCCUCCCUCCCUCCCUCCCUCCCUCCCUCCCUCCCUCCCUCCCUCCCUCCCUCCCUCUCUCUCUCUCUCUCUCUCUCUCUCUCUCUCUCUCUCUCUCUCUCUCUCUCUCUCUCUCUCUCUCUCUCUCUCUCUCUCUCUCUCUCUCUCUCUCACACACACACACACACACACACACACACACACACACACACACACACACACACACAAAUAAA